AUGGGACAACGUCAAUCAACAACAAUAGCACCAAUAGAAUCUCCACAAGUUGAUCUACCAGUAAAAACAUUAAAAUUUGAAAAUAAUUCAACAUAUACUGUGCCUGGUAAACUGGAAUAUAUUGGUCAAUUUCAAAAUGGAGAUAUGCAUGGUUUUGGAAAAAUGAUACAUACGAAUGGUACCGAAUAUGAAGGUGAAUAUAAACAUAAUAGAUGGGAUGGACAUGGCAAAUUAAAAUAUCCAAAUUGGCAGAUUUAUAGAGGUGAAUUUCAAGAUGGAUUAAGACAUGGUCAUGGUGUUCUAUAUAAUUCAGAUGGUACAGCAAGACGUAGUGGACAAUGGAAAUAUGGUGAAGCAAGUCAUUGUUGUGGUUUAUGUUAA